AUGAAAGGUUUAACACAUGUUACUAGUGUACAGUCGUACACUAAGCAAGGUGGAUUUGAAUCAACAACAUGUACAGAUCAGAUUAUUGUUCAAUUCUUAUAUCAGAACGAGUCGGAUUUACGCUUAGACACGAUAGAUUACACAUGCAGUUCGAAAGAAAAUUUAAUUGCUAUAGAUUGGUUGUAUUCGAAUCCACUUGUUAAUCAAAGAUUGUAUACACUAUUUGGUAAUUCAACUACAAAUCAUUGGGGAGUAAAUACAACGGCAGAAGGAUUCACUGAACGAACAGUAAAACUGACUGCGAACCAAUCUGAGCGACUAUAUGCAAAACUCAUACACUUUAUAUCAUCGAUCGUACUAUUGCAUUGGAUAUCAAUGUCGAUGCAAUUAUAUUGA